CGCGACGUCCGUCGCGGCGAGAGGAACCCGCGCGUCGCCGUUCGAGGGCGAGCGCGACUUCCCCGCCGUCGGCGAGACGCGAGGCGCGGGGGUCGCGCCGCCGCGACUGGACGCUCUCGCCGCGGCGCGGUCCGUCGUCGUCAGAUCCGAUCGCCGGUGCCGAGUGAUUAUUAUUAAUUAAUCCGCCCCUCUCUCGUCGUCAGCGCGGCGGCGACGAAUCGAAUCCCCGCCGACCCCUCCCACCCGCCGUCGCCAUGAUCUUCAACCUCGAGGGCCUGACCGUGUACUUCCCGUACGAGUACCUCUACCCGGAGCAGUACAAGUACAUGCAAGAGCUCAAGCGCGGGCUGGACGCGAAAGGGCACGGAUGCUUGGAGAUGCCCACGGGCACGGGGAAGACGAUCACGUGCCUCGCGCUGAUCACGUCCUAUCAGCUCGCGCACCCGGAGUGCGGGAAGCUCAUCUACUGCACGCGCACGGUGCCGGAGAUGGAGAAAGUCCUCGCGGAGCUGAGGGUGCUGCAGGCGUACCGAGAGAAACACGUCGGCGAGGCCGCGGCGAUGUUAGCGUUGGGGCUGAGCUCGAGGAAAAACAUGUGCGUGCACCCGAGAGUCGCGGAGGAGGGCUCGAGGGAGUCCGUCGACGCGCGGUGCCGGCAGCUCACCGCGUCGUGGGUCCGCGAGAAACAUAACAGCGCGCUCGCGAGCGGGGAGGAGCCGACGACGGAGCUGUGCCAGUUCUUCGAGGACUACGAGAGGGAGGGCCCGGACGCGGUGCUUCCCCCGGGGGUGUACACCCUCGCGGAUCUGCGGCAAUUCGGAAGAACGAAAGGCUGGUGCCCGUACUUCACCGCGCGGCACAUGAUCAAGUGCAGCAACGUCAUCGUGUACAACUAUCAGUACUUGCUCGAUCCCAAGGUGAGCAGCCUGGUGAGCAGGGAGCUCGAGAAGGAGUGCGUCGUGGUGUUCGACGAGGCGCACAACAUCGACAACGUGUGCAUCGAGGCGCUGUCGGUGAACUUGCGGCAGCAGACGUUGGACGUCGCGGGACGGAACAUCACCGCGCUGUCCGCGAAGAUCGAGCGCGCGAAGCAGACGGACGAGCGAAGGCUGCGCGCGGAGUACGACGCGCUCGUGAACGGGCUGGCGAAUCAAGGGGUGUUACCGCGAGGGGGCGGCGAGGACGCCAUCGCGAAUCCGGUGAUCCCCGCGGACAUCUUACGCGAGGCGGUGCCGGGAAACAUUCGCAGGGCGGAGCACUUCGUCGCGUUCAUGCGACGGCUCGUGGAGUACCUGAAACAACGGCUUAAAGCGACGCAGGUGGAGCAGGAGACGCCGAUGGCGUUCUUGGCGCACCUGUCGCAGACGGCGGCGAUCGACGGCAAGACGUUGAAGUUUUGCCACGACCGUCUGACGUCGCUCUUGAAGACGCUCGAGAUCGUGGACACGGAGGAGUUCAACGCCGUGUCGCUCGUCGCGGACUUUGGCACGCUCGUGGGGACGUACGAGAAGGGCUUCGCGCUCAUCUUGGAGCCGUACGACGAGCGGUAUCCGAACAUUCCGGAUCCGGUGCUGCAGCUGUCGUGCCUCGACGCGUCGCUCGCCAUCGCGCCCGUCUUUGAACGCUUCGACAACGUGUUCAUCACCUCCGGGACGCUGUCCCCUAUCGACUUGUACCCCAAGCUUCUGUCCUUCAACCCGGUCGCGUGCAUAUCGCUGCCGAUGACGCUGACCCGGGACUGCCUGUGUCCGAUCGUGAUCACCAGAGGCGCGGACCAGCAGGCGGUGAGCACCAAGUUUGACAUGCGCGACGAUCCGGGGGUGAUUCAAAACUACGGGCGGAUUCUCAUCGACAUGGCCGCGAGCGUCCCGGACGGCCUCGUCGCGUUCUUCGUGUCGUACUCGUACAUGGAGCAGAUCGUGAGCAAGUGGCACGAGACUGGGGUGUUACAGAAUGUCAUGCAGCACAAGCUCGUGUUCAUCGAGACCCAAGACGUCGUGGAGACGUCUCUGGCGUUGGAUAACUACCGACGCGCGUGUAACUGCGGCCGCGGAGCCGUUUUCUUGUCCGUCGCGCGCGGCAAGGUCGCGGAAGGCAUCGAUUUCGACAGGCACUACGGCAGGGCGGUCAUCAUGUACGGCGUGCCGUACCAGUACACGCUCUCGCGCAUCUUACGCGCGCGGUUGGAGUACUUGCGAGAGACGUUUCAAAUCAAAGAGGCGGACUUUCUCGCGUUCGACGCGGUGCGACAAGCCGCGCAGUGCGUCGGCCGCGUCAUCCGCUCGAAAGCGGACUACGGCCUCAUGGUCUUCGCGGACAAGCGGUACAACUCGCACGACAAGCGCGGGAAGCUCCCGGGGUGGAUCACGACGCACUUGAAAGAGGAGCGUCUGAACUUGAGCACGGACAUGGCGGUGCACGUGGCGCGAACGUUCAUGCGCGAGAUGGCUCAGCCGUACGACCGCGGCUACAACAACUAG